AUGAACAAUACCGAAGCUUCUGCCUCCAAAAAACGAGGGAACCCAAAGUCAUCAACUGAUCACCAAACACCAAACAAAGGAUUGCUUCCAGCUGCAGAUGAAAUCACUCCCAAGAAGAAAGCCAUGCAAGGCGAAAGAGCUGCAACACCUGCCUCAAAAGUAAAAAGGGCAAAUCGCGGAGGGAUAUCGACAAAUACCAAUGCCUCAACAUCAAUCCUAAUGAACUGGCUGCGUAGCGGGAAAUCAACGAAUGCCGCGGCAUCAUACGUAGAAAAGGAUAAGCUGAGGUCAGAAGCUAUGUUAGGAUCAGAAGAUCAACUAGGCUUUGAGGAUAUGUUGGGAUCAGUGGAAGGCUCGGUCUCCGAAGAGAGAGAAGCAACGAAGCACAACUCACCUUUGGAAAAAGACGAGCCGCCUUCAAAACGCCAGAAGCAAAGCGACGCUGCACCAGGUGGUGGAAAUUUAAUAUCUAGUCCUGGUAAAACUCCCACUACACCAAAGAAAAAUAAAACCAGCCCUCCUAAAACCCCACGGAAAACUACCACACCCAGAGAAAAGAAGACGAAGUCUCCCAAGUCCCCAAAGAUCGUCACACCCAAAGAACCAGAGAGAGUAAAACCUCCCAAGGGCGUCAUCGUCAGAACCGAAUACAUCGCGAAUCCCGCAGCAGUGUUUAUACCCCCCAUUGAAAUUACCCACGAGGACCUAGCAGACUUUACACUUGACGGAGAGGGCGAAUUAGUAUAUCAAGGGGAACGAAACAAAGAUGAUGGUCUAUUGUACUGGUCCUUGAAUCACCGAAUAGUCUCUGAAAAAUAUGAUCGUCCCGAAGCGGAAUAUUUCGAACCACCCAAGGAAACGUUGAAGAAAUGGCGUGCAUAUUGUGCGUUUCGUGGUCUAAAUACUUCUGGUACUAGAGAAGAGAUGCAGGAAAGAUUGAAAGAUUACUUUGAAUUUGUUGAGCGUAUUGAAAUCACUGAUCAGGAUGAAGUGAAUGAAACUAAUGAGAACGAUGAACCAAUUACAGAACCAGAACGCCUGAGGGAAAUAAUUGAGGCAGAAAGGCAUCGUCCACACGACCCUUCCUGGCGCAUCCAAAACGAAGCCGAAAGAACCCGAUUAUGGAGUCUCCUGUCCACAGAACAGCAGUUCGAAAAGAACAUCUCGCUCUUCAUCACUGAGAACAUAACCAACUCCAAAAACCACGACGUGUGGGUUUUCAAAACACGCCCCAAGUUUACCGUCGCCGAGUGGUUCAAGUUUUUUGAACAGCAUCGGAGUCUAGAUAUUGGAUUGGCGUUCACUAUCCCACCCGAGUCUCUAACUUCAGAAGAUAAAUCCCUCGAGAUGAAGUAUCAGAGAGGGAAAAUGGUAGUGGUGCCGUUCACCAAAAUCUACUGGGGAGGAACGUGGGUAGCGACAGGUUUUGAAAAAGGAAUGGUACUUGCAAGGACCCAGACACUAGUGAAGCAAAAACUCGAGGAAAUGUGCGAAGAGAUUAGGAAACGUAUCCUUGGGAGAUAUAUCACAGAUUACCGAAAUGCGGUAACACUACCUGCAAACUCAUCUCGAUCAUCAAAUACGAGCACAUGGACCGUGAAAGAAGAACAGCAAGCGCAAGCUCUCUGGAAUAUUGAAGAUGCAAAUAAGAAAAGCUCAGAUCUCACAUAUCAAUUCGGGAAAGUAGUGAAAGAGAAGGUUUCGUCUCCUAUAGCUGCUGCAUAA